AUGAGCGACUUUCGGCACCUGGAUGUCGAUCAGUACAACGAGGAGGCGCUGCAUCCGCUCGAGCUUGCGCCACCUGAUCCACGCUCCGCCCAGGAGCUGCUACAAAUAGCUCAGGCGAAGCAGGCGGGCGUGCGCCCGUGCGCGACUGACGCCAGCCAUGACAUUGCGGGUGCGCUCACUGAGGCACUGCACGACCCGCCGACGGGCGAGCAUGCUGUGGAAGCGCGACGUGCGACGCUGGGUCUCGUGCUGGACAUUCUCAAUUCGACGCGCACGGCGGAUAUUGCGCCGGCGCUCAAGGCGCUGCGCAUCGAUGAGCGCGAUACACUGAUGAAGUACCUGUACCGUGGGCUGGAGGUAGGCCGCACGAGCGGCCGUGAUGUGAACUGCGCCGUGCUGCUCAGUUGGCACGAAAAGCUCACGCAGCUCGCCGGUACCGGCUGCAUUGUGCGGGUCAUGACCGACCGGCGUGUGGUAUAG